CAAAUCCUGUUGCACACAACAAGAAAGCACAAAGAAACAAAUAAUGCUUUCUUAUCCUUCAUUUCUUUGUACUACUUCUGUUCUCAGAUUGAUGAUAAGGAAUUUGACAUUCCCCAAGUUGACACACCUCCCACACUGGAGAGCAUCCUUAAUGAGCUGGAGGAUGAGGAGGAACCAUUUGUAUUAGAGGAUACCUGCGUGCUAAACACAGAUAACAUGGAUGCUCACUCCUGUGACACCUCCUCUCUGGCCAGCUCAGACAGUGGAGACCCAGCACAUCUUAAACGUGAUUUCCUCAUCUGUGGUUCCUCCGCUGCCUCACUUAGGUGUGAAGCUAGCAGAAAGAGGAGGACAAUGGAUCUGAAUGCGACGGUUCAUGGGUCUGUUCUUCGACACAGCCUGCUGAAGGGCAUUUCUGCACAGAUUGUCUCUGCUGCUGACAAAGUGGAUGCUGGACUGCCAACCGCUAUAACCGUGGCAGGUGUGAUUGCUGUAGGAACGUCUCAUGGUCUGGCUCUGGUCUUUGGAAAAGAUACCAAUCAGGCUCUGCGGCUCUGUCUGGGUACCAAGGCAACUGGGGCAGAGUUUGGAGCGGUCUCUGCUCUCAGCAUCAACCACGAUUGCUCAAGACUUCUCUGCGGGUUUGCCAAAGGACAGAUUACAAUGUGGGAUCUAGCCAACGGGAAGCUCCUGAGAACAAUCACUGAUGCCCACCCUCCAGGGACAGCUAUACUGCAUGUGAAGUUCACAGAUGACCCAACUCUUGCCGUGUGCAAUGACAGUGGAGGAUCAGUUUUUGAGCUGGCUUUCAGGAGGGUGAUGGGGAUGCGGUCAUGUGACUCUCGAUGUCUCUUCAGUGGUUCUAAAGGUGAGGUCUGCUGUGUUGAACCAUUGCGUGCUCCUCCAGACUUCAGAGACCAUCCCAUCACACACUACUCUCUGCUGGCUAUGGCCUCGCUCACUAAGAUUCUGGUCAUUGGACUAAAGCCCUCGCUGAAAGUCUGGAUGACUUUCCCCUACAGCAAGUCCGAUCCGUCCAGUGUUCCCCAGCUGGCUUGGCAGUUUGUUCCUGUUCAGAAGACGGUCAACCCUAUCCUGGCUUUUUGUAAAGGAGAUACAGUCCACUUCCUCUUGGUAAGGAAGGAGGAGACGGGGACCAUCCAUGUCAUCAAACAAAAACAACUCCACCUCAGUUGUGACAUCAUUAGCCUGAGUUGGAUUAACAGCCGUACGCUGGUCCUGGUAGACAGCCAUGAAAAGCUGCAGGUUGUGGACCGGCCCAGUCAGGAAGUAUUGGAGACUCUGGAUUUGGAGCAGGUGCAACUGGUCUAUAACAGCCGACAUUUCAAAUCGCUGGCAACUGGAGGGAAUGUCUCACAGGCUCUGGCUUUAGUUGGAGAAAAGGCCUGCUAUCAAUCAGUCUCAAGCUACGCAGGACAACUUGUCUACUUGGGUACCAAGUCUGCUCACAUUAUGGCUCUAAGGAAUUGGAGAGAACGUAUAGACUGCCUGCUGAAGCAGGAACAUUUUGUUGAGGCUCUCUCUCUGGCCUGGUCCUUCCACGAGGGAACUGCUAAGGCUGUGGUUGGCUUGUUUGGGGAGCCAGCGAAAAGAAAGGGAGUGGUUAGUGACAAGAUGGUAGAGAUCCUGUUCCAGUUUGCAGAGCAUGCUUUGAAGAAGUGUCCAGAACAAGGCAAGAUCCAAGUGAUGGAGCAACAUUUCCACGAUGUGGUUCCAGUCCUGGUGGACUACUGCCUGCUGCUAAAGAAGACGCGCAGCAUCGGGGGUAACUCUGGGUUUAACGUGGGACUGCAGGGCCAGGGAUUGAACCAGCAAUCUUCCGAUUGGACGGUGGUUCAAGUGUGUUGGGAGAACCAACUCUACGAUGCAAUGAUCUAUGUUUUCAACAGCAGUAUGAAUGACUACAUUACACCGAUGGAGAAACUCUUUGCAGUGAUUGGCCCACCACUUAGAGCUGGGAGGGGUCUGACAGAUGAGGAAGUGGUGAUGGGAAACAAACUUCUGGUGUACAUAAGCUGCUGUCUUGCAGGAAGGGCAUAUCCACUAGGAAACAUCCCUGAAGACCUUGUGGUUCAAGUCAAGAACCAGGUGUUUGAGUUCCUUAUCCGUCUUCAUUCAGCCGAUUCGUUAGAGGAGGAGGAUGUUUUCCCAUAUAUUCGUACACUCCUCCACUUUGAUACCCGGGAGUUCCUUAAUGUCCUUGCCAUGACAUUUGAAGACUUUAAGAAUGAUAAGCAGGCUCUUGAGUACCAGCAGAGGAUAGUGGACAUCCUACUUCAGGUGAUGGUGGACAACCCAGACUUUACUCCAUCCCAGGUGGGCGGGCUCUUCACCUUUUUGGCCCGCCAGUUGGCAAAGCCAGACAACACACUUUUUGUGAACAGGAAGCUCUUUGAUCAGGUUUUGGAGUUCCUUUGUUGCCCAGACGAUGACUCCCGACAUACUGAGAGGCAGCAGGUUCUGCUGGAGCUGCUGCAGGUUGGCGGUGUGGUCCAGUUUAAUGAAGAAAGGCUGUUGGCUUUGGCAGAAAAAGCUAAAUUCUACCAAAUCUGUGAAUUUCUUUAUGAGAAGAAACAUCUGUAUGACAGGAUCAUUGACUGCUACCUGAGGGACCCCCUCAGAAAGGGGGAAAUCUUCAGCUACAUCCACAAUCUGAUGUCCAUGCCUGGCUACAGCCCGGAGGAAAAAAAGGUAGUCAAGGACAAAGGACUGCAACACAUACAGGAGCUUGUGAUGCUUGAUCCCAGCAAGUCAGCUGACCUAGUCGUGUUUCACUAUGCUAAAGAGGUGCAGCAAAUCAUCUCUGAGCUUCAGGAUGACCAGCUACUUUUCAAGUUCCUCAACUGCCUCCUGGAGCCACGGUAUGGUGUGCGUCUUGCUCUAAUAACACAGAAGUACCACCACAAUGAGGCUACAGCCUAUCUGCUGGAGAAGAAGGGAGAUGUUCAUGGAGCUUUUGCUGUCUUGUUAGAGACAUUGAAGGAAAAACUAAAUCUCCUUACUGCUGAGGGUGACAGAGGAGUUGAAGGAGAUGGAAGACCAGAUAAAGAGGAGAGCAACAGUGAAUCAACAUUGACGAGAGUAACGGAUUCACUGAAUAACAUCAUUGCCUUGUGUCAUCGAAGCUCUGACAACCUAUACCAGCAACAAAGAGAGGUUCUGUGGUUUCCAUUGCUGGAGACCAUGAUGGCUUCUCAAAAACUAGUAAAGGGGCUCAAUGCCGAACACACAUUUGAAGUGCUAAAGGAGCUGACAAUGAAGGUUCUCAAUUGCAUGAGCAGCUUUAUUUCUCUGCCUGCCAUCAUCCAACGAAUACUGCAGGACCCAGUCUAUGGGAAAGGAAAGCUGGCAGAGAUCCAAGGUCUUAUUCUGGGUAUGCUGGACACUUUUAACUAUGAGCAGACUUUACUUGAAACAACCACCAGUCUGUUGAACCAUGACCUCCACUGGUCCCUGGCUCACCUACGUGCUGCUGUCUCAAGGGGACUUCACCCACGACAAGACCACUGUAACAUCUGCCUCCAGCUGUACAAGAGGAGGCAGGACUCAGCUGAGAAGAUCAUUGUUUUCAGCUGUGGCCACCUGUACCACUUACACUGCCUGCAGCAGAAGGACUCUGGGUGGGGCUUUAGUUCAGAGGUGCAACAGCGGUGGCGCUGCUACAAGUGUUCCUCCAGCCAAGGAGGAAGGGGCGGGCUUUCCACUGAGACAAAAAGAGGCCGUAGCACGUCCCUGGCACAGACUCGUGUAACAUCAGUGUAUCAUGACGCAAGAGCAGAGGCUCACAGGAAGAAGGUGGUUGUUGACGCAACAUUGGACCUUCAGCAGGAACAGUCCUGGGAUCAGCUACGCUGUUUAUACCGAGGACCAUCCAGGUUGUCCAUCCUUUCAGAACUUGCCCACUGCCAUAGCAAUGACAAGUCAGGGCUUCUAAUUCCAGGUCAACCAGGAACAGAGAUUUUCCAACUGAAACUCUCUCCUCCACCCUUAUUGGAAGAGUAGCACCAUAACUGGUUGUGGAUCAAUGUUUUCUUCAUUUGUCCAGACUUGAGUCAAUGGGAUUGGUUAAAGUCAUUGCCAUAACUAUUCUACAUCAGUGUUGGCUGUAGAAUUCCCACUGUUUUUGUUGUUGUGACAAUUGAUAUUGUAUGUCUUUCAAAACAAAUGGUUUAAUAUUGAUAAUAUUUAGUAAUCUAAUUCUACUGACUGUAUCUUUAAUUUUAUCCAUUGUUUAUGUACUACAGCUGGCUGAACAAUGUUGCUUGGUUUGCAUGUUGGUUCUGAGAUGUCAAAAGGUGGAUCCUAACAUAACUGCAAAGGAUGUUAGGGAAAUGAUACUGAAUGUUAUAGGGAUGUUA